AUGUCCGCGUACGUGUAGAUGCCUGGUCCCGACGGGCCCUGUGCCCCUUUCUGAGGUCGUUACCUCUCAGGCAUCGCGUCGCGUGCCUCCGUUCUCUCGUUCAGGGGUCGAAUCCCCGCCGUUCGCGCUUCCUCACGUCCGCACCCGCUAACCGCUGCUCCGGCGGACUCUCCGAGCAUCACCGAACUGCCCAUCCACGGGGUGGGCAGGGCUCCACUCGAACCCGUCUUUCUCGACUCCGUCUCCGAUUCUCGCUCCCGGCUCGCCUCGAAUUUGGCCCUCACCGCACGGUAAAUACUCGUUUCCCGAACGAUUCGAACCGCUUCUGCGGCCCUUUGUGAGGUCGUUACCUCUCGGGCAUCGCGUCGCGUGCCUCCGUUCUCUCGUUCAGGGGUCGAAUCCCCCGCCGUUCGCGCCUCCUCACGUCCGCGUACGUGUAGAUGCCCGGUCCCGACGGACCGGAGGGGCGUUGCCACUUCCUGCACAGCCGAGGGCUGACGUGCUGGAUUUGUAUUUCCAGACCCGCUAACCGAAAGGAGACGUCCCGUUCGUGUCUUCAAUGCCCGCGCCGGGCUCGUCGCCAGCGCCCGAAACUUCCGCUCGCAUGCGAAUCAUGGCUCGCGAAGUCGACUCGUUCCAUGAUGCGAUGUACAAGAUUGUUACGCCGCUCGAUGCUGGUGCGUUCGAAGCCAAAAUUAAGGCACUUGCAAAGGUCGCGCACGUCGCGCCGUACCUGGCCGCUAUACCGAAGCAGAUCCGAGAGGGCUUUGAUUUCGGCAUCAAGGACCCUCCGUCGGAGCGUCACAUCGCGAAGAACGCACCGCUCAGUGAGGAGCAACAACUGGUCAUGGACGGCGAGAUGGAGCGCAUGCUCGAUCUCGGGUACAUCGCGGGCCCGUACGACAAGGACGAGCUCGAGGCCGCGGUCGGUCCUUUCCGCACGAAUCCGAUCAGCUAUGUGCCGAAGUCAGUAGCGCCCGGAAUGCCGGUCUUACCCGAAGGCGAAACCGAUCGUUCGAACCACAGACCCUCACGAAGCGAAUCAUCCGUCGACGAGCGGGCAUGGACCGUCGCAACGGAAUGCUUCGUCUAGCCGUCCGAAACUCGUUUCCAUUAAUGACGACCUGAAAUCUGCGGAUUUCCCUUGCCGUUGGACGACCUUGCCCAUGUUGUACCGCAAGUUUCGCGAGCUUCCCUUGACGGCGGAAGUCUGCGGUUGGGAUUUCGCCGAUGCGUUCUACCAGCUCCCUUUGCGAUGGGACCAGCGAUCGAGCAUGUGCAUCUUGUGGCGCGGCCUCAUCUUCGUACGACGAGUCCCAUGCUUCGGUGGCAGGACUACUCCCGGUGUCUUUGGGAACGUUGCGGACCUGACCCAAGACUUGGUCGAAUGGAAGUUCCCCGGCGUGUCAAUCUUCAAGAUGGUUGACGAUGUUUGCGCGGUCCGAACGUCGGAUGCCAUAUCGCAAGAAGCCAUUCUUCAUUUCGUACGAUCCCUCGGCUGGCGCCUCGCGGAGCAGAAAGGAUUCACGUGGACGCGUCAGUUUGUCCACGUCGGGAUUGACUGGGAUUUGGAUCUAAUGACUGCGAGGGUCACCGAUCAGAAGCGGAUGCGCUACAUCGACGCCUUGGUGAAAGGUAGUUGCGCCGAUCAGAAGGAACGCUCGGAGGUCGAGUCGGUCACUGGGUCGUUGGGGUAUGUCGCCUACAUCCUACCUGCAUUACGGACCCAUCUCAACUGUCUAUACAGACAGUGUAUCGCGCACGGGGACCGGAAGGCGCUAUCGCGGGCGCGUCGCCUGGACCGUCGCACGUACGAUCAACUCGAAUACUGGAGAAGGUCCCUCUCGUCGGAAGGCCCAUUCUCCACGUCGUUCGAGGCCCUCCCGAUCCCAUUGAAGCUUGCGCUAGCGUGGGAUGCCUGUAUGCACGGACUAGGCAUCGUCAUCAACGGAUACUCCGCGUACUUCGCUCUCCCCGAGGGGUGGACGGAUCUGCCACCGCCUCGACACUCGGUCUCGAUCACGAGGCGUGGGCGGUCGAGGCGCUGGCCGAGGCUGCGUUACGAAUGUCUAAAGACGAUAGACAUUUCGUUCUACAAUGCGACAACACCGGGGUUGUGCUUCGAUGGAGGAAAGGGCAUUCGAUGA